AUAUUAAGGUUUAUUGAGAUAUCACCGCCAUGAAUUAGGUUUAAAAAAUGGUAUACUAUGUCCGGCAUUGUUCGGAUGAUUCCGUAAACACAUCCGGGAAUUUUCGAAGAGGCGCGGAAUACAAAACAACAACAACAAAAUCAUCAUUCCUACUUUUACUGUUUCUGAAAGUUUCUUGUUGGGAGUUUUAAUCUGCAUUAUGGCUAAACGUGCCAUACACGCUCCAAGGCAAUUUGACAGUGGAUCAUGGAUUGUUGCCAGGUACCAGGAUACAAAGCAGCUAUCCGAGGUUUUCCCUGGGGGAAAGGUAGAAACCAGAGAUGGGGCAACCGGUGCUGAAAUCAAUUUUAAAAUAGGUGACGAGUGCCUUGCUCCAUGGAAGAGGGCCGGGAACUUUCCGGCAAUUGUUGCUAUCAUUAAUGAUGAUAAAACUAGUUGCCUCAAAAGGAAACAGACUAUGGAGGCUAAUGAAAAAAAGUCAAAAGUGAAAGACGUAAGAGAUGAAACUGCUGACAAACCUGACGAUGACAAUGAUGUGGUUCAACCUGCUAAAAAGAAAGCAAAGAAUACAGGAAAACAAACCAAUGUCAGUCCUGCCAAGAACAAACAGGCAGUAACUCAAGAAAAGAAAAUGGAGAAAAGGGGAAAGAUCAUGGCUGCCAAUCACGCAGCAAGAAAGAUACUUCAAGGAAUCACCCGGAAGGGCUCGGAGGAGAAUGGGCAUAAUAUAAUAAUGACCUACAACAGAGGACACUAUGUCCGACACCAAGUACUUCAUCAGGUGUGUCUGCAACAGACUAUAACAGAUACACACCCAAAAAAGGCUUGAAAAUUCCUGAAGCAGACUAUAUCAUAAAACCAGACUUGAAAACAUCUGAACUUAAGCCAGGUUACUGCCACUUUGGAGGUCCUGGCUCCAACAUAAUGGUGACGAUGAAAUGGCUUGGGAGCAUGCAGGCGAAAACAAAAAAAAGCAAACCAGCUCACACCAUAAAACAAGAGGACCAUGAUGGUCCUGAAUCGCUCACCUCUUCCCACAUGACCCAGUUUUGAGUAUGACGUCGUUUUUUCUAUUAUUUGACAUAGUGACCUAGUUUUUGAGCUCAUGUGACCCAGUUUUGAACCUGACCUAGAUAUUAUCAAGAUAAAAAUUCUGACCAAUUUUCAUGAAAAUCCAUUGAAAAAUAUGGUCUCUAGAGAGGUCACAAGGUUUUUCUACUAUUUGACCUAUUGACCUAGUUUUCGAAGGUACG